AUGUAUGAAAGCCAAUUUCGGAAGCUUUACAAGGAGGAUCGACCUUCCUGUUCCGUGGUUAUGAAAACAUCAGUUGGAAUAGUGUAUCUUCUCACAUGUCUCUUAGAGCCUUUUAUGCCAUCAUUUUCCCUUGAGGUACUUAAACGGCUAAACUUGCCCCUUGAAACUCAAUUUUCACUUUCUGAUGAAAAAUCACCACUCUUCAGAGAACUGGGAAAUGUAGAAGUUGAGUUCUUCAGAGAGAAAUUUGCGGGAAGUCAAGCUGAUAGGAUUGUAAAGGCAGAAGCUGAAGCAAAGAAACUUGCUGACAAAUUGAAGGGAACUAACGUCUCAGAACCAGAACCUGUUGAGGAGAAACAGCCUAAGGGCUCUAUUGACAAAGGAGAAAACUUGGCUUUUUAA